UGUCACGUGACCAUUCCUAACUCCAGCCGCUUCUUGAAAGUGCUGGAAGUGAUGAUGAAACCAGGAGAAAUAAAACUUUCUGACUCGCGGCCGAGAGGUUUGUUAGUUAAACGUCACUCAGUCGGUCUGUGUUAGGUUUCCUCUCAGUCUCUUCUGGUGAAAAGCCGCUUUAAACCAGAAGCUAACUUCACUGUAAGCGGGGUUAGCAUUAGCCGAAGCGCCUACAGGAGGAAGAACUGAACUCACUGGGUUUCAGGAUGUACAGGAGGUCGAGGUCGUCCAAUCUGGGCGUGCUGAUGCUGGGCUCCCAGCUGCUCCAGGUGGGCCUGGACAACAUCCCUCCUGUCACUCUGGCUGUCCUGGCUCUCAAUGUUUACCUUUUCCUCUUCCCAGCAGCUCCGCUCCUGAGGUCCUGUGUGAGCGUCCAGCAGGCGUACUGGCAGGGCGACUGGCGGCGGCUGCUCCUGGCGCCGUUCCACCACGCAGACGACUGGCAUCUGUACUUCAACAUGGUGUCUCUGCUGUGGAAGGGGAUGAACCUGGAGAGGCGGCUGGGUACACCCUGGUUCCUCUACAUCCUGUCCGUCUUCUCCGUGCUCACCGGGGCGGUGUACCUGCUGCUGGAGGCGCUGCUAACGGAGCUAGCUGAUGACCAGUCCUACAGCCAGGCCUGCGCUGUCGGCUUCUCUGGUGUGCUGUUUGCGCUGAAGGUUCUGCAUAACCACUACCACCCUGGAAGCGUGAUGUACGUGAUGGGGCUGCCGGUGUCUAGCCGCUACGCUAGCUGGGUGGAGCUCGUUCUGAUCCACUUAACGGCACCCGGGACUUCGUUUGUGGGUCACCUGGCAGGAAUCCUAGUGGGUUUGCUCUACACGUCCGGACCGCUCAACAGAAUCAUGAGCAAAUGUGCAGAUUUGUUCUUGUCAAACGAACUCGGAUCACAUCGGUACAGAUCUGCCGGCACAUCAGGUUAUGCUGGCAACAGUGGAGAUUUGUAUGGAUACUUUUAUGACCCGCCAGGUUACCACACGCCGUCGUACACCGGCGGGCUGACGGAGGAGCAGCAGCUGGAGGAGGCGAUCAGAAACAGUCUGCAGGACCGAAGACGAGGCCACGACAGACGUUCAUAUGGUGACUCCUCUGAUGAUAUGAGCGCAGAGGAGUUGAGGCGGAGGAGGAGGAGGCGGUUCGACAACUGAACUCUGACAGGAAGUAGUAGAAGGUUUUGGUGGAAGAAGGAACAGACGGAGGAGGAUUGCUCUGAAUAAAGUGAUCAAACGUCAGCGUUUCA